AAUCAUCUACACUUUAUAAAUCACAAAAAAUUGUAAGAUCUUUUUCUAACUAAAUGUUCAUUGAAUAACCAAGAUAGAAAACACUAUGAUUUUUUUUUAUAUAUAUAAGAAAAGAAAUUAAACUACUAAAUUUAUGAAUUUUUUUUACACAUUAGUACUCACUUCCUCACUUGUUUGUUGUAUAGUACUAGUUAAUUUUGUAUUCUCCCACAAGAGACAUGUUAAUUCCUCACUACAGAGAGGCAAUUAGUGUAUAAGCAUGACUCAUCUCUCACUAGUUAUCUCCACUCCCACUUCUACUCUUCCAUUCAAAUGUAGAAUUGAUUCCAAUCCAUCACAACUAAAUCUUGUUUUCGCACCCCCACCACCAAAAUUCAACACCACCAACAUCACAUUACCAUCAUCAUCCGUAGCUAAUUCUAAGAAAUGGAAGAACAUGGUUUCAUUCUUCCAAGGUUUUUCCACUGGUGGUGGCAAAGGAAGGGAUAUCCAGAGCCUCAAAGUUGAGCUCUAUGAAACAAUUUCACCACUUGACCGUGGCGCCGAGGCUACUCUUGAAGAUCAACAACGUGUGGACAAGAUUGCUUGUAAACUUGAGGCUAUGAAUUGUGUUAAGGAGCCUCUUAACUCUGAUUUGCUCAAUGGAAAAUGGGAGCUUUUAUAUACAACUUCUCAAUCAAUUUUGCAAACACAGAGACCGAAAUUCCUGCGACCAAUUGGAAAGAUCUACCAGGCAAUUAAUGCAGAUACAUUGAGAGCUCAGAAUAUAGAAACUUGGCCAUUCUACAACCAGGCCACUGCCAAUUUAGUGCCACUUAACUCAAGAAAGGUAGCUGUCAAGUUUGACUUCUUCAAGAUUGCUAGUCUGAUACCUAUAAAAUCACCCGGGUCUGGUCGCGGUCAAUUGGAAAUUACUUAUUUGGAUGAAGAUUUAAGAAUAUCCAGAGGUAAUAGAGGCAACUUGUUUAUUUUGAAAAUGGUAGAUCCAUCCUACAGAGUCCCUCUUUGAAGUGUGUUCUCCAAGAAUUGCUGCUGGUAGUAGUAGUGGAUGUCUUCAACUUACACUUCUCUACAUGAACUUAUAUGCAACCAACAUUCAAGUCAAGAAACAAAGGUUCACUUUGUCUAGAAUUUGAAUUUCUGUCCUUUUAUGCUAUAUCAAACAAACCGAAAAGUCGAGGCCCCUUGUUUCUUGUGAAACGGAGGGGGUACACGCCCCCCUCUAAAAUCUUUAGCUUAUAAAUUUUGAUUUCGCAUACACAUUGUCAGCCCAUUGCAUAUAUAGGGACGAUGUGUAGCGCUCAACUGGUUUGAACUAAGGAUUAAAAAACAAAUCAUAAAAUAUUGUAAUCAAUAUAAAAUAUAUUCUUAAA